UCUACUGCCAGUGCUACUGGGGAAGCCAAAGGAUAUAAAGUAAAAAAGGACAUUAAAAUUGAGGUGCCAGAUCAGUCAGAUUUAGAUUAUGAUAAUUACUGUUGUUAUGGACUAACAGAAACAUUAGCCAAAAAAAGUCAAAUAUCCAAAAGAAAGUCAGUGGAUGUUACUACUUUGGAAUCUGAUGCCAUUAAUUCUAGUGAUAGUCAGACUGUGGUAUUAGAAAGUGAAGGAAGUUUCCUUGCAAAUGAAGGGUCAGUCAUCCGCACACGCUCCCCUUUAGCAAUUAAGGAAGAAAGUCUUAAUGAGGAAGAUACUGCUACAGUGGUCACUUCUGAAAAAUUCUGGAAAUGCACAUUUUCAAUUAGAGAUGCCUCUAGUAAACUUUACUGGUGGUGGCUACCAAGUGGUAGGAAGUGAAAUAGUUAUUGGUGGCCAACACAUGGUUGUCUUAGACUCAACUGGAUCCUCACAACACUCACAUUCAAAUGCUGAUGGUCACAUUGUAGUUACACCAUUCACAGAGAUGGAAGUUACAAAUGAUGAAUCAUCCAAUCAGUCUCCCAAUACUGCAACCUCGAAACCUCACAUUUAUAAUCCCGUCCAGGAGGCAUUAGCGGUAUCAGCCAGUUCUCCACAGGGCAUCACUGUAUGUCUGCAGUCAAUAAAAACUGAAUCAAAUACACAUGAAGACCAACAGAAAACUGUUUCAGUUGAGCAGAUGUCAGAAUUAAUUACUGAGUUUAUGUCUGUUGAUUAAGGGCACACUGUUUUACUUGGGAAGUAAAUUAUUUCUAGAAUUUUUCAA